CGGAGUGAAGAGAAAAAAAGAUGAGAGCAAAAUGGUAAACACAGGGAGCAGGAUCAGGAAGGGUGAAAAUAGUGGGAACAAACGUGGAAGUGAACGCCAAAAGCUUGCCGAUGAAUUAUCCUUUUUGGCCGGAUUGAUAAGCAAACAUAAAGAGAAGCCUGCUGAUAAAGAGAGCAAGCAAAAUGCAUCAGGACACAUCUCAAACCAGUUCUCAUGGACCAAGGAAAGACCCAGCUCAUCAUCGUCUCCGUCCUCAACCAGCUAUACAUUUCAAAAGCAAGGUCAUAAGUCACAGACUUCUCACUAUUUUCCCUCUAAGGACAGGUUAACUUGGAAGAAACCAAAGGAAAGAUCGGAUGACCACUUGACCAGCAAGGCUAGUAGAUACAAAUAUUUUUCUAAGGAUGUGUAUAGAACUGCAAUCGAAAGGAGUGCCAAUGACAAAACUGAUGUUUUUACAAGCAAGAAGAAGCAAUCCUCAGAAUCUGGUCAACAUCCACUUCCAGGGAAAGAUGAUCAUUCAAGGAGAAGUGUUGUAUCUCAACAAGGCAGAAAAUUAAUUUCCACAGAGACCGCAAAUUCAGGAAUAUCCAAAGCAUGUCCUCCAUCAAGAGUAUCUACAUUGGUUAUGCCAGAAGGACUGGGUAAAGCAGAUUCAACAGAUCAUGGUCCUCCUGCAAGAAAAGCAACAUCACAAGAAUAUGAAUCAAGGGACAGGUCAUCAGUGUCAAACAGACAACAAAAUAAAGGGAUUGUCGUUUUACCAACAUCUAAGAAUUCAAAUACCUCAAAAUCAGGUGCCAAAAUUGAUGAGAUCUAUUGUUUAUCAGGGAAUGUAAGAAAACAAACAGUUUCUGUUAAUUCAUCUUCUGAACUUUCAGAGGCCCUGGCAAGUGAUAGCACAGCUACCAAACCGAUUAUGCCAGAGCAGUCCAACAGAAUUGACCUUCAUGAGAAGCAGCAAGGAGAGCGUCAAAGUGCUAAGGUUCUUGCCACUCUGUCCAAGGAAUUGGACAAAUGCCUUGUGGAUAUUGCUCGAUUAAAAGAAACCAGAACUCGCACAAAUGAAGGCAAAGCUAAAUCCACUGCUGGCACCAGAAAGCCACCAUGUGUCAAUGUUAGGGAUACAAAAACUGAAAACACUGCUGCACUGGCUGAUAGCCAGGCAUUUAGAAGUAAUCAAGAAUGUAAACUGAAAUUAAGCAGUACCGAAGACAGAUGGAGGGAAUCAAAACUUGAAGAGAGCGCAGCUGGAACUGAAUGUGGUGCUUUACCAAGAAGAAGUGAUUAUAAAUGGUUGGCUCCAAAGGUUAAUUCAGCAAAGGCAUCUACUAGCAAUAUAGGGAAUACUAACAAAGAAAAAGCACAGGGAACAGACAAUCUAUUGAAGAAAAAAUGGAUGCCUGAUGGAAUUCUGGCAGGGAUAGGGAUGAAAGAGGGAUUAAAGCCUUUGGUGCAAAGAAAAUCUAUUUCCCCUCGGAUGAAAAUCAUUAGAACUAAGUACAAAAUGAAGAAGCAAUUGUCACCCGAAUUGUCUUCAUCUGUAAUUUCUAGACAUAAAGUUGAUCACAGGAAAGCUGUCAGUACAUCUGCGCCAAAGUUAGCAGAGCAAACUGAUGUACCCAAAAGCAAUGUGAGGAUAAGUAGGUAUAAGCUUGUUAAGGCAUCUUCACAUCCUGGAAUGCUUUCCCCAACGCAACCUGAAAUGUCUUCAUUAUCUCCACGCAAACCACAUGUUGCUAUCAACUCGAGAUACAAAAAGGUCAAGGGUCAUCCGCCUGCAUUGGAAAGUCCAAAAAAGUCUGCCAUAGUGAUCCCUCACCAUUCACAGCUAAAACUGAACAGGAUGAAAGCAAAAUCCAGUCAAAAGAACACAACAAAGAGAGCCCUGACUUCAACUUCAAACAGAAAGCAGUCAAAGCAUAAGAUAGAUCGUCGACCGAGAGGGACCGCAGUGGUUAGGAGUCGGUUCAAGAUGCGUAAGGUUUCCAGCAGGACUCCCCGGAAGAUGCCCCCUAAGCAGUCACCAAGCUCAUCCCCUUUCAAGUGGCAAGCAAAGAAAGCAACUCCUUCUAAACCUGCCACUCCAGAUACCUUCAUGCGCAGGAGAAUGCAUUUUGUCCUUACACACACUCCGGUCUUACUCCGCACCCGCUUCCGUCUCGUCAACUCUCAACACAACAACUCAACGGCAGUGACAGGGCACAGCCCAAAGCAACCACUUCUCAAGAAAACCAGGACCAAGCUCAUCAGAAAAUCAGCAUCAGCUCCUUCCAGCCCCUCUCAGAAGCAUCCAAGACCUCGGUUGGUCAUAGCUAAAGGGGUCCAUUACCAUCAGAGCAAGUCAGGGAAGAGUCUCAGGAGAAUAUCGGGCUCUUCCCCUGCUGUCUUAGCAUCAUCAUCCCACAGAUCAACAGCAACGUCGAGGUUAAGACAGGGCUCCCUCUCUAGGUCAUGGACUGCCAGUAUGCACAGAUGGUCUCAGAGGCAGAGUGCAGUGAGGGUAUCCAGCACACAGUGGGUUGCGAAUCGUGUCCUUCGACGGACAAUACAGGAGAAGAUCCAGAGAGGCAACAAGAAUCUGAAGAGGGAGCCGUACUGCAAGUUCUACAAUCGCUAUGGCAGAUGUCACAGAGGAGACAAGUGCCCUUACAUUCAUGACCCAGACAAGAUUGCUGUCUGCACACAAUUCUUGAGAGGAACCUGUAAGAAGACCGAUGGUUCUUGUCCCUUCUCCCAUAAGGUCUCCAAGGAUAAGAUGCCAGUAUGCGUGUACUUCUUGAAAGGGAUCUGUAACCGUGAUAACUGCCCCUACUCCCAUGUCAAGGUCAGUAAGAAGGCAGAGGUGUGUCAGGAAUUUCUUCAUGGCUACUGCCCUCGUGGGGCCAAGUGUAAAAAGAAACACACUCUGGAUUGUGCAGAGUUUAAUGAGACUGGGCAGUGCACACUUGGAAAUAAAUGUCCCCUCUGGCAUCGAAAGCGUAAGAUGAAGAAUGAAGGAAGAAAAGGAGUAAAAAGAAGAGCAAGUGAGGGAGAUAAAGUCACUUCAAAGAGGUCAAAUACUACACAAGACAAGCCCAUAAGCAAGCCUGAAGCAGAUGCAGUCCUCGUAGAAUAUGUCUCCAGCACUGCAGAUGAUGGUGAUGAUGUUGACACUCCUGAGGCCGACUCUGAAAGUGGAAGUAUGCCCUCUUUCAUUGCACUGGAUAGCGAUUCUUAUCAAUCCACUCCUGAGUACUCAACCUUCAAGAAAACCUCGCCCUCAGGAGACGGUGGACGACCAGCCUUGAAGAUUCGCCCCCUCUUUGCUCCAUCCAUGGGAGCUUCCACCUCGCGUCAAGGCCAACGCAGGGACAGCAGCUCCUUCAGCUCAUCCCUGCAAAAGACUUCUGUAACCAUGGCAACAGGAUGCUCUUCAGAGGAAGAGGGCGCUCACCCCUAGUGCGACCGACCUAGGCGGAGUUCACAACCCCUGCUUCCUCUCAAGAGAGAGUACAUCUUGGGAGUUAAGAAAGGGGAGAGGGUGUUGGUUUAGAACCAGGAAUGGAAGUGGCCUUUGACCUUGAUGAAGCAAUAGAUGGACCAACUUGAUAGCAGUAGUAUGGAGAGUAUGAUGUGAACUGAAGUGAAGUGCAAUCCAAUGAUAGAACCCCUCCUGAAAGAAUCUUGAAUCCAAGAAUCCAUGGAUGAACAAAGUAAGAGAAUGUCUAGCUGUCUCAUGGCAAGGGGAAAAGGGGGUGCUAUUAUACAGUCAACAAUAGAUUUUACUCCAAAUUGCUUUUGUUGUAAAUUUUACCAUUUAAAUAAUUGCACUGCAGCAUUCUCCACCGAAAAAUUUUCCUAAUCUAAGGAUUAUUAUCACAAAAAAUCCAGACAAAAAUGGGGAAAAAAAGGAUUCCUUUUAAUAAUGUAAUUUUAUAAACUUAGAAUUGUACCUUUCUUUUCUUUUUUGUUGAAAUUCUCACUCAUUCUUCGGGGGGGGGUCAACUAAAUUUACAACUCAAAAAUUGUGUAUAAAACAAGGUAGCUUUUGCUGAUUGGGGCAGGGUAUGCAUGUGAUGCAUUCUAAAGAUGUCGAAAACACAACAAAAUGUUUAUGUUCCGAAAGUAUAAGAAAAACUGAGGAAAGAGCUACAGGCCCCCGUUGUAUUUUUUUCAGUCGCAUCAUGUUGCUAGGGUAUCCUAUUUCCAGAAAUAGUUUUGGAUAUGGUGCAACUAUAAAAGCUUGAUCAGGUAAAAAAGGGUCUGAAAGAGAUCUGCUAGGGUAUAUUUUUCCAGUAUAAAAAGAAUUAUGAAAAUAGAAAUAAUAAUUAUAAAGAACAAGUGUCUUUAAAUUUGUUAUGGCUAUAUAUUCUCUUUGAAUGAAUGCUUCAAAUGUCAAACAACAAUGAGUUUAGGGGUGGUUUUGAUUCAUUGUGACUUUCAAUAGUUAAAUGACAAGUCCACCCCAACAAAAACUUGAUUUGAAUAAAAAGAGAAAAAUUCAACAAACAUAAC